AUGCAUAGAACCAAAAAGCAAAAAAAUAACAAUCGCGUUAUUGAUUCAUAUAUCGAUUCCAAGUUUAAUAAAGUUAGCGACAACAACUAUAAUUAUGUUCUCAAACCAACGUUCCCUUCCACCUUAUCAAUGAAUGAAAUUAUUGUUAUUAAACCAACUAGCAAUAAUCAAAAAGCAAAAAAAUUUCCAAAUGCUUUCAUCGCGUAUAGAAAUGCAUUAAUUAAAGAGAAUUGUUUUAGAAAAAUUAAUUUACCUCCUAUGUGUCAACUUUCUAAAAUUGCAUCACGUUAUUGGAAUAAAGAACCAGAAAACGUGAAGGACUUUUAUAGAAAGAUAUCUGAGAAAGCUAAAUUUUUGUAUAAACAAAAUGAGAUUCAAAUCGUAUUUGAUAAACAUGUGAAUGAAAUUGAAGGAAACGAACAGGUUUCACGUAUGACAAAUAUAAUUAAUAUAGCUGACUUGGAUUAUGCUCAAGGCAUUGAGGAUCCCGUUGAAAAUAUAAUCUAUACGCGAAAUUCAACAAGUCCAAUUGAACAUACUUCUGCCAGCGUUAUGAAUUCUUUUCAUGAUAGCAAUGCUAUAAAUAGUCUCCAAACUGGUUUACAGCUUUUCGAAAACAAGUAUAGAAUGAAUGAAGUACCUAUCGAUCAAGAGGAUAUUAUAUUGUUUACACCUCCGCGAGUUGAUUCAAAAUUUGUCGAUAAUACACAAGGAAUUGAGGAGGAUCUCGUUGAAAAUAUAAUCUAUACGCAAAAUUCAACAAGCUGGUAUCUUCCGAUCGAAGAUGAUUUUGCAAGCGUUAUGAAUUCUUCUCUUGGCGGAAAUGCUAUUAAUAGCUCCCAAGAGUGUUUUUCUAAUUGCAACUUUUUCGAAGACCCGAAUAGAAUGAAUGAAAUUGCUAACGAUCAAGAAUAUAUUAGAAUUUUGGAAUGCAAAAACGUGCAGUUUUCGCCUCUGCGUGUUAAUACAGAUUAUGUCAAUUAUACCCAAGGCAUUGAGGUUCCCGUUGAGGAUAUAAUCUUUACACCGAAUUCUAUUGAUUAUCCUACUUGUAACAUUUUCGAUCAAGAGUAUGGAAUGGAACAUAAGUUUACUGAUAAUCAAGAAAGUAGGCAAAUUUCAACUUGUGGCGAAGAUUCAGAUUAUGCCAAUUAUGAAUUCUUCCCGUUGAAAACAUAA